AGUUGGACGCUUAACCGACUGAGCCCCCGGGCGUCCCCAGGUGUGACCGCUUUUAAUCACCAACCUCAUUCCCUCCAAGUUGGCACCCUCACCAUCUCACACUCAGAACCUUCUAAAUGGUUUCUGUGCUUCCAGUCCCUUCCACGUCCAUCCCCCACAGAGUGGCUGUGCACCGCUUCCGGUCAAGGCCUUGUACGGGCUGUGGCUUCCCCUGAGGUGCCCACACACUUCAGCGGUGUGGCCCCUCUGACUCGGUCUCUCCACCCUCUCCGAAAUGGCCUGGUUUUGGCCGCAUCACCCUGCUCGCCCUUCCCUGGACACACCACAUGGGCUCUGGCCUCUCUGGGUGUUUGUGCUGGCUGCUUCUUCUGCCUGGAAACAAGGCAUACACCUGGCUCAACCCCUCACCCUCACCUCCGGGUCUUUGUCAGAUGUCGUGUGAUCCGGGAUACCCCUCCCCUCCUAUUCUAGUUACAACGGCCGCACAUGCCCGCCUCCCUACGGCACUCACCACUCACUCCAUAUUCAUUGUCCACAGCAAUGAAUGAUCACCAAAUGACCUGUGUUUGUUUCUCAUCCUCAAGCAGAAUGUAAGCUUUAUGAGGGAUUCUUUGCCUAGUUGGUUUCCUUGUACAUCUUGAUGGUUUAGAAAACUACCGGGCGCAGAGGAGUUACACGUGUGUGCUAAACCACACGUGAGUGGUUUGUGGCCUCUGGCAAUUUGUCCCUGCUGCUUCCUCUCGCUCACCUCAAGGCCAUUGUGUGGGUUUCUUAGUGACAAGUGAUAAUUUUGGAGAAUGGAAUAAAGACCGUAAAGGCAGGAAUCAAGCAUUGUAUUCUGCUUCAUUCUCUUCCUUCUCAGACUUCAGGGUCUUCUGCUGCCGUCCCAUGAACGCCUCAUCAUCUUUGAGACACCUAAAGUAAGACUUCCCUCUAGUUGUUUCUGUUCACCUCACCCUCUUGGGUAACUUUACUGAUAAACAUUAAGAGCUGUCAGUGCUGCGCACAAACCACAGAUGUUUUUCAGAAAUAAUCUCAGAUCCCUCGGCAGAGACCGUCCGCGCAAUUACAGAUGAAAUGAUGGUCACUUCCCAGCAAGGAGGUGAGCUCACCGAGUCGCAAACCUUUAUCUUAGUGUCCGGAUGACCCCUGUCUACACCUGCAUGGAUCCUGCCCCUGUAGUCACUGGCAUCGAACAACAAUUUGGUGCUGGACAUGCCAACUUGGAGAUGGGAAUUAUCUUCCUCAGACUGGAGCUGGGAUGCUGGGAAGUUCUGCCCUCCUUUGCCUUUAUAACUUCACUUUGCUCACUGGAUACAAGUUGAGACCACAGCUCAGAUUGUCAACCAACUAGUCUUAGCCAACAAGACUAAGAGCCAAAGACUGACUCUUUUCUCCAGAAGGAUCUCACAGACAACGGCAGCUUUUGGAUUGAAAUAUUUCCUGGAUGAUGCUGGAUGUAAACCUGUGUUCUAUUUACAGAGUGUCCAGAGGGGUUUCUCUCAGAAUGACCCGCUUUCUGAGUGGCUUUUAUUGUCUUUCUUCCAUUUUGACUUUAAUUGUGAAUCGAAAGCAGUGGCUGGUGGACACCUCUGUGCCGACAGCUUUAUGUUUCCCAGCAUUCAGCCCCUUUGUGCUCAUUAGCAGUGACACCCAUGUCUCUCUGUCCUUCUUUGACUUCUGCACCAGAAAAUUUUUUCCUAAUCCAGUUAAACUCUUCUGUUCUGACUUCUGCAAGUGGAUCGAUUAUAUCUAUCUAUAUCUAUAUCUAUAUCUAUAUCUAUAUCUAUAUCUAUAUCUAUAUAAUUAGGUGAUUAUCAGCUACAAAGUAUUCUUCUAGAAUCAAUGAUAUAAUAGUGAACAAGAACAACUUGUUAACUAAGCAAAGCAAGCCUCAGGUUUAUGCACAAAGUAUGACAACUUGUAGGAAUACAUAGGAAUGCAUAGGCACACAGAGGGGUGUAUCCAUGUGCAAACAAAAUUCUAAAAGGAUACCAUCCUGCGAACAUUGCGUUUCUCCAGGAGGUAGAAUUAUCAUAGACUUUCCACUUUUAUUUUAUAAAUGUACAUACAGUAGUGCUCCUUAAUAAACAAUAGUUAAUAUUUUAUGCAUUAAUAAUGUAAAUGUGUAUUGGGGGAAAUGUGCAUGUAUAAAAGUUUUAUGUUUUGUAGAUAAAAGUGUUUCUCAUUGAGUUGGGCACAAGCACUGACUAACAGGAAGAAGGGACCACGGACCAGAGGCCCAGAGCCCACUAGGAUAACCGGCUUCAGAGCUGCCGAGUACCCUUCCUCUAUUUUCUCUGUCCUGGUCCUGUGUGUCUUUUUGUUUUUUGUCCCUGACCCAAGCCAGUGAAGCUCACAAGAAUGACCUUCCCACCUCAGGCUGCAGACAUGUAAAGAGCAGUAAGAUAAUGUUUCCUCGCUUCCAGCUACCAGCGAUGAUCACUAGAGUUGCCUUCGUAGAGUCUGAAAUAACGUGGAAACACUUCAGGGAUCGGUAGCCCUGACCUUAAAGUGCAGUUCACACUCCCAGGAAUUGGCCUGCCACUGUUAAGAAGAAAUGAAGUCGCUCCUCGACCUUAGAAGUAUAGUGGGGGUGUCACUUCCCAGAGGCCUCGCGACGCUGCUUGACCCCUUCUCCGAGAUUUCUGGGGUUCGGCAACCCCUGCCGUUGGGACUACAUUACCCUGAAAACUCUGCUUUGAACGGCAGGGGCAAUAGCCCAAUGAAAGUCCAGAAAAGGGACACUUCCGGCAGGGCGUAGCGCCUUGAGGCGGGACUUCCGCCUUUUCCGUGGCGGUCGUUUUAGCGGUUCUGGGGUCUCCGGGAUCGGUCGGAAGGUGCGGAACACCGGCUUGGGACCCAGGCGACCGACACAGGAGGCACGAGAGGAGGCUUCGUCCUCGCUGUAGGGAGGCUGGUCUGGGGUCGGGGACUUCGCUGCCUGCGAGCCCGGCCUGGACACUGCGGAGCCCGUGACCGUCCGGGUCGCUCAGCUGUCAUCUCUUCACUUCGCCCACAGAGUCCGAUGGCGGCGGCCGCGCGCAGGGACCCGGCUGAGGUUUCCGUGGUUGCAGAAGUGCUCUGGGAGCCUCCACAGCUAAGUGCAGGUGUAUCAGUCCCUCACUGGCCCUGCCGCACAUUUGGUCCAGAUCUGUGGUGUCCUGUGACUCUUCACCUGCCAUUCCCCCAGCCCUUGGGUUGGGGACCCUGAAGAAUUCUAGCUCAGGGUGGCGCCUAGGCCGGGGUUUAUAUGGUGAGAUUCCCAUACAGGGCCAUCCAAGGAAAGAGAUGCGGAAGCUCGUUACGAAACAGGUGUCAUGAUGUGGAACUGCUUGGAGGGAAGUGUUACUUUUGAGGACGUGGCCCUAUAUUUCUCCUGGGAGGAGUGGGAUCUCCUGGAUGAGGAUCAGAGAUGCCUGUACCACGAUGUGAUGCUGGAGAACUUUGCGCUCACAUCCUCACUAGGUUGUGGGCACGGAGUGGACGAUGAGGAUGUACCUUUGGAAGAGAGCAUUUCUGUAGGAGUGUCACAGAUCAGGACUCUUGAGGCAGAUUCAUCUCCCCAGAAGGCCCAGCCCUUUGAGAUGCACGGCCCGAUCUUGAGAAACAUUCUGCGCUUGGCUGAGCACCAGGAAACUUAUCCUGGGGAAAAACCAUAUACAUGUGGGAAACAAUUCUGUUUAGCUGCCAACCUUCAACAGUACGAGGGGCAGCACACUAGAGAGGUUCCCUUCAGAAGUUAUGUGGACAGAGCCUCGUUUAUAAAGAGCUGUACAGUCCAUGUGUCAGAGAAGCCCCUUACCUGUGAGGAGACAGGGAAGGACUUCUUAACCAGCAUGGGAUUUCUCCAACAACAGGUCACUCACACUGGGGAGAAGCUGAACAAUGAGUGCGAGGCUAUCUUUCACAAUGGAAAAAGUCGUCACCACUGUGGAGAAUGCAAGAAAGCCUUCAGCGGCACAGACACACUUGCUCAGGAUCAGAGAGUCCUCACUAGAGAAGGGCUUUAUGAAUGUGGCAAAUGUGGAAAAGCCUGUACCCGAAGAUGUAACCUCAUCCAGCACCAGAAAGUCCACACUGGAGAAAGACCUUAUGAAUGCAGUGAAUGUGGGAAAUUCUUUACCUACUACUCCAGUUUCAUUAUACAUCGGAGGGUUCACACCGGAGAAAGGCCCUAUGAGUGCAGUGAAUGUGGGAAAUCCUUUAGCCAAAGCUACAGCCUCAAUAGCCAUAGGAAAGUUCACACUGGAGAGAAACCUUAUGAGUGCAGGGAAUGUGGAAAAUCCUUCAGUCAAAGGUCCAACCUCAUUCAACAUCAGAGAGUUCACACUGGAGAAAGGCCUUAUGAGUGCAGUGAAUGUGGGAAGUCCUUUAGCCAAAACUUCAGUCUCAUUUACCACAGGAGAGUUCACACUGGAGAAAGGCCUCAUCAGUGCGGCGAAUGUGGGAAAUCCUUUAGCCGAAGCUCCAGCCUCAUUCACCACAGAAGACUUCACACUGGAGAAAGGCCUUAUGAGUGCACUAAAUGUGGGAAAUCCUUUAAGCAAAGUUCCAGCUUCAGUUCACAUCGGAAAGUCCACACAGGAGAAAGGCCUUAUGAGUGUGGGGAAUGUGGAAAAUCUUUUAGCCAUAGCUCCAACCUCAAGAACCACUGGAGAGUUCACACUGGAGAAAGGCCUAUUGAGUGCAGCGAAUGUGGAAAGUCCUUUAGCUGUAAAUCUAACCUUGUCAAACACCUGAGAGUUCACACUGGAGAAAGGCCUUAUGAGUGUGGGGAAUGCGGAAAAUCCUUUAGCCAAAGCUCCAGCCUCAUUCAACACCGGAGAGUUCACACUGGCAAGAGGCCUACUGAGUGCAGAGAAUGUGGGAAAUCCUUUAGCUCCAAAUCUGACUUCAUUCAACACCAGAGAUUCCAUACUAGAGAAAGGCCUUAGGUGUACAGGGACAUGUGGUUUCCUUUUAGAUAAUUACACUGGAAGAGGGAAGUUGUGAAGAAGCCAUCUGGCAAAUUUAAGCCUAUAUGUCUGAAAAUUCAUAGUGGGGAGAUCCAAGUAUGUGAGAAUCUAUAAGGAGCUGUGUUACACUUUCUAACCUGUCCAGGGCUUUUGCCAGAUUUAUGUCACUGCCGGUUUCUGUGGGAGAGUUUUGUCCUCUCUACCACUCAGCAGGUUCACACAGUGUGCAUCAGUUACCACCACAGUGUGCUCAGGGAAGCUCCCCCCUUUGCUGGAGGAAAUCAUGAUUAGUCUUAGCCCUUAUAGGGUCUUCAUUCUCUUCUCUUGUAGAAGUUAGGGCAUGGCCCUGACCCAGUUUGGGCCCAGUGGACCCAAUCUGAGUUCUGCCAGUAACUUGCCGAGAAGGACUGCAUUUUCAAUGUGUUAGUUUUGUGUGACACUCACCUUGGAUUUUCCUAUCUUCCAAGUCACCAACCUGGGAAUUCCCUGCCUCAUACUGCUUUGGAUUUUGCAAUAAUGAAGACAUUAUUGCUGGGGCGCCUGGGUGGCUCAGUUGGUUAAGCGUCCGACUUCGACUCAGGUCAUGAUCUCGCGGUUUGUGAGUUCGAGCCCCACAUCAGGCUCUGUGCUGACAGUUCAGAGCCUGGAGCCU